CCCGCUUUGCCCUUGUGUCGGCAAAUCUCCGGCGGAUGGAAAGGGAGAGAGUUUUGCUGGCACACGGGGCGGCUGGGUCUGUCUCCAGAGCAGAUGCCGGGGUUGCAGCCUCCUCCUCCGGCUUAUGUUGAUCCUGGUAAUCCAGAGUGAGCAAGGAAAAGGGAAAAAAGAAAGGUUUUAGCGAACUGGUUGUCCGCCGCUUUUGUGCUCUGGAUUCUCCUCGGUGGUGAGUCCUGCGGUGGUGAGUUGGACUGUGGAGGGGCUGUGCUGUGUUUUGGAAGCUGGUGAAUUCCUUGCUGCUGCAGCUGCCUGUUCAGGAGCUCAGGACCCGGCUGUUUUCUGCCUGGGUCAUCGCACCCACCCUCCUGCUGAUGUUUGCAAGUUGCAGGUGUUACAGAGAAAAAUAAUCAGCGUCAACCCAAUGGUCAUCAAGGAUAUGAACUCUGCUGUUUUUAUCUAGAUGGAUGAAAAGGUUAACAGCCCAGAAGGGGAGUUCCUUUUGUUUUCGAGAUGGCAGCAACUAGUGGUGAAAGCCAACUGCAGCGGAUUAUCAGAGACUUGCAAGAUGCUGUGACUGAGUUAAGUAAAGAAUUUAAAGAAGGAGGGGAACCGAUCACAGAUGACAGUGGCAACUUGCAAAAAUUCUCCUACAAGCUUGAGUACCUUCUACAGUUUGACCAGAAAGAAAAAAGCACAUUGCUGGGCAACAGAAAAGACUACUGGGAUUAUUUCUGUGACUGUCUGGCAAAAAUCAAAGGAGCUAAUGAUGGAAUCCGCUUUGUCAAGUCUAUUACAGAACUAAGAACAUCUCUUGGAAAAGGAAGAGCAUUUCUUCGUUACUCCCUGGUUCACCAAAGACUAGCAGACACCUUGCAGCAAUGUUUUAUGAACACCAAGGUGACCAGUGACUGGUACUAUGCAAGAAGUCCAUUUCUGAAUUCCAAAAUGAGUUCUGACAUUGUGGGUCAGCUCUAUGAGCUCACUGAUGUUCAGUUUGACUUGGCAUCAAGAGGCUAUGAUUUAGAUGCUGCUUGGCCAGCAUUUGCCAGAAGGACACUGUCCUCGCUUGGAUCUUCAGCAUAUUUAUGGAAGCCUCCAAGUCGCAGUUCCAGCAUGAGCAGUUUAGUGAGCAACUAUUUGCAGGCCCAAGAGUUUCCCUCCAGCCCUGAUGUAAAUAGCUCACUAAAUGCUGAACACCUUGAGGGCUAUGAAGAGAUGCGUUUAGAACUUGACCAGGCUGAACUGAGGCAGAGGGAACUUCAAGAUCGUAUUCACCAGCUAGAAAUGGAAAACCAGGAGCUCCAGGCAGCUGUCAGCCUUCAAAAAGAGCAAGUACAGGUAGAAAAGGAGAAGAGCAAUAACUACAGUGAGGAGAACUCCCGACUGACAAAGAUGAUCACAGAGUUACAGAAGCAGUGUGAGGUCUCACACUCCACUCAGAGCACUGUCCAUGACCUGCAGAAGUGCCUACAGUCAUUGGAAUUAAAUGCAGUGGAGCAGCAGAAAGAAUAUUCAACAAAAGUGGAGCAGCUGUUGACCAGCAAGGAAGACUAUGCCUCAAAAUUGCAGGUUUCAAAUCAGGAGCUGGAGACCUCGAGGGCUUUGAUUGCUGUGAAUAAUCUUUGCAUCGAUGAGCUCAAAGCCAAGCUGAGUUCUGCAGAACAGAAGAAUCUUAGCCUCCUUGCGAAAGUUGAUGCUGCCUUGGAUGAAAAGGGGCAGCAAGCCACAGCCCAGUGUGACUCUGCCCUACAAAUACAUGCACUGUUAGAGAAGCUUCAGGAGAUGGAAAAGGAAAAGGCAGAUAUGCAAAGACUCAAUGAUGAACGUGCGUCUCAGCUGAAAGCAGCAAAGGAGGAGCUGCGGCUGAAAGAACAGGCACAGAAGGAACUGGAAUCCAGAUACAAUCGCCUCACUGCUGACUCCAGAGAAGAAAGUGAAAAGCUGAUUGGGAGCCUGGAAACUAUGACAAAGGAAAAGGAUGCACUUCAGGAGGCCCUGACUCUGAAAGGAAAGGAGAUGGCUGAGCUCCAGACCCAGGUAAUGGGGUCGCUGGCUCAGGUGGGGUCACUGGAAAAAAGUCUUGAGGAAGCCAGGAAAGAAAAAGAGAAACUUGAGGAGGAAUAUGGUAGGAGGGAAGGAGCACUGAAGCAGGAAUCCCAGUCACAAGCAGAGCAACUUGCACUACAGGAGGGUCACUUAACAAAGGUGAGUCAGACUGUGUGUAGCCUUGAGGAGCAAAACCGCAAACUCAUGUCUGAGAAAGAGCAUCUUGGGCAGAAAGUCAAGGAGCUGGAGGAGCAGAUGGAGCAGCAAAACUCUGCAGUGACCGAAUUGGAUGAGGAGAGCAGGAAGCUGAAAGCAGAGAAUGUGAAUUUGCAGCAGUCCAAGAACAAGAUGGAAGCGAAGCUGAAAAAUCUGGAAGCUUCUAAAGCUUCCCUGGAAGCUGAGGUAGCCAGGCUGAGAGCCUCUGAGAAGCAACUUCAGAGUGAGAUAGAUGAUGCCCUGGUGUCAGUUGAUGAAAAAGAAAGAAAGCUCCGGGGCGAGAACAAACAGCUGGAUGAAGACUUGCAGAAUGCUAGGAGGCAAAGCCAAAUUCUGGAGGAGAGGUUGGAGGCUUUGCACUCAGAAUAUGAAGAACUAAGGCAAAGAGAGGAGACCACCAAGGAGUCUUAUGCCUCACUUGAAGGACAGCUAAAGAGUGCCAAACAGCAUAGUUUAGAAAUGGAAAAAAGCUUGGGCACCUUGAAGGAAAGCAAAGAGUGUCUCCAGUCACAGGUCACAGAGAAGGAAGUAGAACUGCAAGGCUUGGAGAGCCAGUGUGAGCAGCUGAGAGCAGAAGCUGAAAGACACAGAAAGAAAGCAGAGACUCUUGAGGCAGAAAAGCUCAGUGUUGAAAAGACAUGCCUUCAUCAGACAAAGCUUAUAGAAUCCCUCACAUCAGAAAAAGAAUCAGUGGAAAAACAGCAACUACAGCAGGCAGCUUCCCUGGAGAAGGAGGCAAAAGAGCUGGCCUUCAGACUGACCAUGAGUGAAGAGCAGUUGGAGGUCAACCGAGGUGAAGUGUCAAGGCUGCAAGCAGAAGUCCUCGACCUGCGAGUCAAGCUUCAGCAGACCACUGAUGAGAGAGAGAGGAUGAGAGGUGAGCUGGCAGUCACUGUGACUGCCUUGAGUGAGCAGAAGGUGCUUGUUCAGCAGCUGAAAGAGCAGAGUGAGUGUCUCAACAGAAACCAUGUGCAAGAACUGCUACAAUGUAAAGAAAGGGAAGAAGUGCUGAAAAAAGAGCAGGAGACAAUAGCCCGUCAAAAAGCUGAGCUGGAAAAUAAUUUGCUGAACUUGAAGGAAGAGCUAUCCAAGGUUAAGCAGUACUUGGAAAAUGCUAGAAUGGAAAACGAAGAAAACAAAGAUCUCCUCCACAGGACCAACACAGAUAUGGCUGAACUUGGUAUUCAGAUUUGUGGCUUGUCCUCUGAAAAGAUGGAUGCAGAAGAGCAGUUAGCCCAGGCCAGAGAAAGGCUCAAAGAACUGGAAGAACAGGCGGCAGAGCAACAGAAGAAGCUGAAGCUUGACAUCUCUAAUCUCAAAGAGGAGAACAAGAGCUUGCAAGAGAAAUUAGAGGAGGCUCAAAUAUGUGCCGCAGCUGUCCCAAAUCUGCAAUUGCAGCUGGAGACAGUAAAGAAACAGGCACAGAGUUUCCAAGAGACCAGCCAAGAAGAGCUGUCUGCAAUAAAAUUUCAAAUGAGCACAGAGAUUCUAAAUUAUCAGACAAAAUUCAAGGCAGUCAGUGAGGAGUGUGGGAAAGUGAGAGAGCAACUUGAAGAGCAGAAGCGCCAACAGCAUGCUGCGGAGGAAGAGAUUAACGAGUUACAGGCUGCAAACACGAGUUUGUCCAGAAAGCUGGAUGAAGCAAGAGAGCAGCUGUCUGAAUCAGAAUCUGCUCGGCUGCAGAGGGAAGAGGAGGUGACAUCUCUUAGAGAACUCUUGGAAAGGAUCCAAAAAGAAGCUGAUGAAGCAAAAGAGAAGAUCCUGGAUUACACUGAGAAGCUCAGCAAGGUGGCAGCAGACAAAGAUAGCAGUGACCAGAAAUUAUUUGCUGAACUGGAUGACCUGACAAGAACAAAACACUUCCUUGAAGAGCGUUUGAUAGAACUUAUCAGAGAUAAGGAUGCUUUGUGGCAAAAGUCCGAUGCUCUGGAGUUCCAGCAGAAGCUUAGUGCAGAGCAGAGGUGGCAGGGGGACACAGAAGUUAAUCACUGUCUGGACUGCCAGAGAGUGUUCUCAUGGAUGGUGCGCCGACACCACUGCAGAAUGUGUGGUCGCAUUUUCUGCUACUACUGCUGCAACAACUACAUGGUGACAAAACCUGGUGGAAAAAAGGAGCGUUGCUGCAGAGCUUGCUUUAAUAAGCCUAGAGUCAUCGUGGACAGUACAGAUGACUCUGGAUCCAGUGCCAACCAGGAAGGAUCACCAGCUUCAUUGGAAUCGCCCGUGUCACCAUCUGAGAGGACUUUUGUUGCAAGUGAAGCCUCUAAACCACCAGAUGAUGCAGCAUUUGAUAUAAUCACUGAUGAGGAGCUGUGCCAAGUACAGGAAACAGACUCUCUCCACAAUGAAAGUCAGAUGGAAAGAGUGUCUCUGGAUCAAAGCAUGACAGAUUUAUGUGUUUGCUGGGCUAAGCAGCUGUUAGGGGCUCUGUACAGCCUCCACUCUCCGUUUCAGGUUUCUGGCUUUCACAGAAUUCGAAACAGUACCUGUAAUUCUUCAACCUUUGAUGAAUCUGAAGAGUGGCAACUUGCUCAAGAUGCUGAGAUAUGCUUGUUGAAGUCAGGAGAAAUCAUGAUCAAAUUACCCCUUACAGUGGAAGAGAUCGUAAACUUUGGAGAAAGCAACAAAGAGCUGUUCAUUAAAUCCAGCACCUACAGUAUCAUUCCCAUCACUGUUACAGAGAUGGGGCUAACAAUUAGCUGGAUCUUUUCAUCAGACCCCAAAAGCAUAUCCUUCAGCGUUGUCUACCAAGAAUCUGAAGACACACCGCUGGAUCAGUGCAAAGUUCUUAUCCCUAUGACUCGCUGCAACUCUCAUAAGGAAACCAUCAGAGGACAGGUGAAAGUCAGAAACCCUGGAAUCUACACACUGAUAUUUGAUAACACAUUCUCUAGGUUUAUCUCAAAAAGAGUGUUUUAUCACUUGGCUGUUGAGCGACCCGUCAUCUAUGAUGGAAGUGAUUUUCCAUAGCCUUGACUAUACUGUGUUAUUUUUAAUUAAAUUUUUAAGAAAUUAUAUUAUUUAUGUACAUGUAAGCAGACUGAUUACCACUGUGUUUGAAGACUCUGAAACUAUGCAAUAGUUAUAAUGCACUUAAGAAGAGAUGGAUACACUAAAAAAUGGAAGCCUUUUCAGGAACACUAAUGGUUCUGUACUGUGUACAGAUUGCUGAAAAGCCAAUGUUUGAUUUAACAGGUCAAUAAUAACCAAUUUUUUUUUUUCAGUGGGGAGAAAAAUAAGUGUGUGGGUGUCUAAAUGCAAACUGAAAUUCUCUGCUGAAUUAUCGCAUUAUUUUUUUUCCAAAAAUAUCCUUCAAAAGGAAAUUUAAAGAAAAAAGUGUAUUUUUGACCUCUUCACUGAGGAGUAAACAUAACCAUUUCUGUUCUGCUACUCUUACAGUCAGAACAACAAUUAUGCAAUAUUUCAUUCUUCACAGGCCUAUAUUGUAAUCCAUCUAGAAUUUUUUAUCUUUUCCAAGUUUUAUAAACAGCAAACAUAGGAGUUUUUUAAAUUCUGGGCUAAGAUUUGGUAAGCCUUAGCUGGCUUUUACAAAUGCUUUAUCACUACCAGUUACGAAACAAUACAACAUGAAGCAGCAAAUCCUUUCACUUUCGCUCACCGUACUCUGUACACUGGUCCAUUCUUACAGUACCAGUGGCAGAACAAGGAGUAUCCUCUGUAAAGUACUGCUCACUGUGUGAUAUUACGAGGAAGAAAAUUCCUUUUUCCUGCCUUAGCACCUUAGUCAUCAGCAGUCAUAGGAAAGCACAGUUUCUGAGGACAUGAGCAGUGUCUCUCUCUCUCUAGACCACGUGGAAGGCAGCAAUAAUGUUUGAACUGGUCUCAAAACGUCCAUCCAAACUGAAUGAAUAUCCAGGCCUGAGGAGCUCUCCACCCAGUGUUAGUGUAUUCUCUCCCUUUCAUAAACCUUGCAGUUGCCCUAUCCAACUGCUAACUUUUCAUCUUGGAUCUGGAGAAAGAGCUGGCUGUAAACACUGCCUCUUAAGGGAAGACUGGGUUCUCAUUUAUACAGAAUUUCUACACAAACCAUCUGCUUUCUAUAUAGAAUUUUAUCCUUUUGUCAAAAUAUCUGAAAGCAGAUUUUUUUGUUUUAAAAUCCUGUCCUCUGAUGUAAUGGCAAAACAUUUGGCAGGAUAAAGGAGAAAAGCUCUUUCUCCCAACCAACCCUCCUCAUCAUUUUAGGUGUGUCUGAUUUCUCAUGUCAUUGUUCUCCCAAGGAAACCUCAGACCUGGAAGGUUUUAGUGCAACAGUUGGUAGAAGACCAGCACAGCCUGUCAGGGACCUGUAGAGACCUGGUGGCAGCUGUAGCUGAUAUACAGGAGUCAUUGUAAGAGACAGAAAGUAAAACAUAAGGGGAAAGAAGAAAAAGAGGCAAGCACAAGCAAAUGGUUUAGGGGAGGGUAAGGAGGCAAACUUGUAAAUGUAAAAGCAAGGGCAGGGAAUUGGAAGGACUUGACUAGGGAAGAAAGUCAGGGGAGUCCAGCUGGUGUUUAUAUGUCGCUGGUCCAAUCCAUUACCCACAAGGGAUUUUCAACAUCUAAAGACUGGUUGGUUGUUUAAAAGAUGGUGAUCACAAACAAGUCUUGGACAUUUACACAGUAGCAGCUGAGGUAAGAGGGAAAUUUAUGAUCAUAGGAAAGAAAAGAAUUGCAGAUAAAGCUAAAGGUUGCUUAUCAUUUGUUCCAGUUCUUAACAAUAUAUAAAUGAAAAAGACUGUGAAAGAAUAACAACUUUUCAUGGAGCACCUGGAUUUUAGGUGUCCAGUUAAUGGAUAGUGUUUCCCUCCCUUCAGCUGCCUUCUUGCCCAUACCAGUGGUGUGCUCCCCAGCCUCUGCCAGGCAGAGGGGUCAGUGCAAAGUACAAGCAGAUUUAUUCCUCCUCCUGAGGGCUACAGUGCAAUUAAACCUAUACCUGGCUGUGUGCAUGAAAAUGAGAUGGACAAAGAUGGACAUGGGCAAUAAACAGGCCAUAAAUAGCACACAGAUCAGUUCAGGAAUUAUGGCAUAUUUCAGUGUUGAAGCUAUGUUUUAUAUUUAAUUAGGCAAGAAGAGAUUAUUUAUUGCUUAAAAAUGGAGCACUGUGUACCAUAUGCUAUGCAAUUUCACUGAGCUGUUACUGAAGUCUGCUGCAGUUUUCCUUUAAGCUUUUAGGUGUGGUUUUUAAAAGCAUUUUGCUGUUCUUAGGUAGAAUACUAAUCUUACUGGGAUAUCUUUCUUAAAAUGCCAAAUGUAAGGUAAAGGGACACUGUCAAGUAGCUUGGGCCAAAAUAUGACAUCUCUAUUCAAAAGUAUUUGAAGUCUCUCUAUUCAAAAUUAUUUGAAAAAUAUUGAAAAAUUAUCUUCAUUUCCUCUCCACAUCCAGUUCUUAACAUUUUUUCAUACUGUGGCAAAUAUUUUUAAGCCACUGUUUAUGUGACUCCUAAAGUAAUUGUCUCCAUCUAGUAAGCUAGAUGUUUCCCUGAAGGUCUUUCAUGUUGACAGUCCUGAGACUGGCUAAAGCAUAUGUUUGGACGGAGGGGAAUAAAACCACUGGAUUGUUUUCAUUUAGCAUUUGAGUCUUUAUGGUACCUUUUCUUCAGGUUUUCCUGCCCCUUGAGAGUAGUUUUAUGGCUUUUUUUUUUCCUCUCUGAAAGAGGACUAAGAGUGGAAGCCAGAACCUGUAGUUUAAAGAUCAAAAGGUUUGCUCCUAACCAAGGAGAGUAUUUAAGGAGGAAAAGUUUCAAAUGAUGAAAUACUCAGGAUGCUAAGGUACAGGUACAGGUAAGGACAAGGGUGCAGCUGUUCAAAACCAGCUUGUCAACAACAAGAAUCCCAUCAUACCAGCUAGAAGAGGCUGUGCAGAGAAGAUAGUAAAGAACCUGACAUUAGUACUGACCUUUUGUUUGAAUGCCACUGGAGCUAUGGAAACCCAAUAAAGGACUUUGCACAAGUGCAGGUUUGUGCAAGAGAUUAUUUCAUUCAAGCACCUUACACCUCCAUUCAUAAGGCACUUGUUUGUGUGAGCUGUGCCAGUGAUGCUGAAAAGUCUGUUUAUUUACAGGUGCCCAGGUGAUUUGUUGAAUUGGGCUUUUUAUUACCUGCAGGAAUGCAAUUAGGAGAAAAGAAAUAUUUAAAAUUGAUCAUAAAAUUAAUUGAAGGGGAUGUCUCACUCAUAGGACAAAGAGAUUAUAUACUGUGUUCAGCAUAAGCAAUUGGGUGAUUUUCCUGGGUGCUGGAAAGGGUUAGGGUUAGGAGGUAUGGAGGGUAAGAUUUUUGUUAUACAGAGGUUUAUGUGAAGAAAAGAAUGUAGUUUCUUUAAGAAAACGACAGUGUUCCUUUACUCAAUCUUACUCAAUGUUUCUUAAUGAAAAAUGACAGAGAUGUAUUGCAUGAGAAUGUACCAUGUUACAAAAUAGCAAAGCUACAAAAGCCUGACUUUGCUCCUUCCUCAAAAUUGAAAUUGCACUAUAGUUUUAAUCAUGCUCAAUCACUGAGGUUGUAACUUGUUCAGAAGCAUCUUUUGGUCUAAACUGCCAAAGAAUUGCAAACCCUGUUCACAUCAAACUUCUUGCUCCAGAUAUGGGAAAAAUUAUGUAUACCAGUGUCUGUUACAGAGAUGUAGACGGUUGUGUACUGGAAUGUUUCUUGAUGCUUUUUUUUCCCUUUUUUAACCUCAGGAAUUAAAAAAUAAAAUUCUUUAUCGUUGUGAAUGUA